UCAUUUAAAUUGGAGGAGCAGAUUCCUUUGUGGCCUCAGAGAGAAGUGCGGCUCCUUGUCCUUCCUCCCUACCAAGAGUUUCCUGGGUCUCCCCCGAAGCCAAGAUGAAAGUUUUCUUCAUUCUGAUCAUCUUCUCUCUCAUGCUGGCUACGUGUCAAGGACACUGUAUUGCAAAUACUGUUCUCGCUAAGUAUAAAGAUGGCAAAGAGGUGCCGCCUAGCACAUGUCCUGACAUGCAUGACGGGAGAGAGCAUCUCUUUGGGUCCACCUGGUCCAUGGGUAACUUCCGUUGUGAGUGCCGUACAAAUGGAUUGCUUUGUUGCGAAACGUCUGAUGCAACAGUGGAAUCUAUGACACUGCCUCCCAACCUUUAGGGCACCAGGGACCGGAGAGAGGUUUUUCCGUGAACCAGAUGAGAUAUGGUGCUGUCGCCCAUCAUCUGGGAUGCAUCACAGUGGAAAAUCCAGAAACAUGUCAAUAUGAUUUCGAUAACAUCCAUGAUACAUUACAGCGCUGUUAAGCCUGUUGGAUUCUCCUCUCUUCAUACGAGUGAAUUUGAAUCAAACUUUUCUGUUUAAGUGAACCUGAAUAAAUCCCUCCUCUCAA